ACUCGAGUAUGUUACAAGACAAAAGGAUUUGUUGAGAAGUUCAGUUGAAGGGAAGCAAAGCGUGUUGAGAGCUCACUGAGCUAAGGCAGAUUACUCAGAUCAAGCUACAGGAUCAUCAGGAUCGUACUGUGAGAGACAAGGUUUCACUUCUUAGAUUUAGGUUAGGUCAAGAGAGAUGAAUGAGAAUCGUGGGCUGAAUCCCGUAAAUAAACUUGAAGAAUGAAUAUGAUUUUAUUGAUGAGUUGAAAGAUGAUGAAUACAAAGGAAUGUAUCUUGUGAUGAUCAAAAAAUACGUAAUGCUUUUAAUCUAGUACAAAAGUUCAUCCAUGAAAAAAAAAGAGCCCCUUUGUCUUUUAUCUUCUCCAUCUUUAUAUAGUCUAGGUUUCGUUGGCAACCCUUCAACUGUUCUCCUAGAUAUUUGGCUUCAAUUACGGAGCUCGCUUUAGGCUCCUCUUGACCGAGUCUCUUAAGGUGUUAGCUCACUUUCUGUCGUGACCUCUGCUAUGAUGUCUCCCAGGUCCAGUCGUCAGCUCGGCUUUCAGCUCCCUUUGUUAUGAUGGGCUUAUCGCAACUCACAUGCUAGCUCACGCUUAUCGGUACCUCACCUGAGGGUCAUAUUCGGGUCCAACAGUUGCCCCCAGCUUCCGAAUAAAAUCCUUUGUCUCGGAAGCUAGAAUCUAGCUAUCGAUCUUAUCUUUUCGUUAAGAUAAUGAUUAGUUCUUAUCUUAUUUAGAUUCAGCUUACUCGAUCUAACGGUCUUUAUUACGUUUGGCAGAAUCUAUGGUUCAGAUGGAGAGGGUUUGAAAUGACUUUUCCGAAUCUCGAGAGGUGAUGGGAUAUAAAGCGGUGAACAUUAACUGCUAGCCUUCCACUUUCUCCACGCAUCCGUUCGGUUUUCAAGGUAACUUCUCUCUCUUUAUUUUACUGCGAUUUUUUUUAUCUUCCUCGUUACUUUUCUCUGCAAAUUCUCUCCCAAACCUUGCAAUCGAUUUUCUUCUUAACCUUCCCAUACUAUGGAUCAUCCGAAAGAAGGUUCCGGGGAAUCCGGGAUGCCUCCCUCUGCUUCUGGAGUUAAACUACUGAAAGUUAAGCAAGAAAUCGGAGCCAAGAUGAGGAAGGGGAAAAAGAUAGCCAGGGAGGCAAUCGCGACCAGAGUUUCUAAACGGAAGAAGAAAGACGAUUCUAGUGGGAGCAGUCCUCACUCGCCUUCGUUGCUAAAAAAUCAAGACGUGGUUAACCUCAUGGUUCAAGCUCUCGCCCAAAAGGAGCUUGGCCGUGCCUGUAAUUCUGACGAAACCCCCGAGACCGCUCCGGAGGGUUGGUUCUGUUGCCAUGAGAAGUACAUCUCCAAGUCUCACUUGAGAUUUCCUCUUCCGACCCUACUGCUUGAUCUACUAGAUCAUUAUCAGUUAGCCCUUUCCCAACUCUGUCCCUCGGUUAUCCGGGUGAUAAACGGCUUUAUCACUAGGUCCAAAGAGGAGGGGGUUAGCGUCGGUCUUACCGAACUUAUGAGCCUCUUUUCCCUGAAGGAAAGCGCCUCUAAGGAGGGUGGUACCGGGACCUACUACCUCCCUAGUCGUCCCAAUCAUGUUAUCUUCAGAUUCUCUAGUAGUGAUGAUGACUGGAGGAAGAAGUAUUUUUACGUUAAAGUUGAUCCUUCGACGGUUCCUGUGGGUCGGAACCUUAGGGUCACUUGGACUAAUCCAUCUGGUUAGGAAUUCUAGGGAUAUGCUUUUUUCGUUUUAUUCAUUUAUGGCCGAGUAACCUUUUGCUCUGAUUUACUUGCAGAAAUCGAAGAUCCCCCGAAGCUCUCUACCAAGCUCACCAGGGCUCUAUACCGCAAGUUGCAACAGAGUCCCUGUACCUGGGUGGCCUACACCACUUCUCGAAUAAGUGCAGCCAGAUUCCCAGAUACCUACAAUGCCUCUUUCCAAGAUCUCAUUCCUGCUGAGAACCUUGAGAGUGAGUUCUUGUCCGAACCUUUUCAAUGAUUUUAUCGCUUUGAAGUUUUUAAACUUAAGGAUUUCCAUUGUUCCAGUUUCGGCAGGCGAUUCGGUUGUAUCGAUCUCAACUGGUGCUAGUGCUUCGGGAACUGAAAAGUCUCAGCCAGGUGACAUGACUCUGCGACCGUCAUUCCGUUCUAGGGGUAACCCCUCUAAAGCUGCCAGUGCUUCUCGUGGAAGCGACAUGAACCAAGGAGGAUCGUUCCUUAUCUCAAUGAAGGAAGUUUUGGACGACGGAGGAUCCAAACCUGUUGUCGAGACUGCUCCAACUGAGGUUGUAGCUCAGGAUGCUGCUCCUCUCCCUGAGGUCCAGGUGCCGGAGGCUGACUACCAGGCUCCGAAGGGUACCUCUGAGAUCGAGCCGUCGAGACACAAGAGGCCCAGGAUCGAUCAGGGCGGGGCUUCCAUCCGUUCUUCUUCCUCGUCCUCUAGAGGAGGGACUGUUGGGUGGAGCUUUACCCAUUCGAAGCCUGGGUCGAUCCUGGAUGACUCUUGGGGCCUAGCUGCGAUAAUGAGGCACCUGAAGAGCGUGGGAUGUCCCCUUCCAGCGCUCAAGGACCUGACUAACCGAGAUGAGUAUCUCGAUAUUGCCCACUGUAUGGGUCAGUUGGCUGGGGCUGUUAACAGGGCCCAGCUCAGGUUUGAGAAUGCUCUGUGUGCUGCCCCCAAUGCUGGUGAACUUGCUGAGGUUACCGAGAUGGUUAAGGCAGCCAAAACCGAUCUUGACCAAGCCCGGGUUCGAAUUUCUGAACUCGAAGCCGAAGUGACGAGGCUAGGCUCGAAGGCCGAUGCUCAGCAAGGAGAGAUCGAGAGUCAAAAGCUCGAUAUCCAGGUGAAGAGCAGGAGGAUCAAUGAUUUAGAGGCUGCUCGAAAGAUAGCUGAGCAUCAAGUACGUGAGCUCAUUGCCUCAUCCCGGAUAGCCAGAAGAACAAGGAAGCUGAAGUCAAGCUGGCUGUCAGGGAAGGGAAGAAAGAAGUCGCCGAAGCUUACGGAGCUCCAAGCUAAUGCCGACCUCUUGAAGGAUAUGCUGAACAACAAGAUCCAAAGCGUUGAAGAGGAGUACAACCAAUUGGUGGCCUUAUUACCAGAAGCGACAACUGCGUAUGAGAAGGCUCAAGUCUCUGACUUCUCGGUCAGCAAGCUUCCUCUUCCCCAGAUCUCGGAGAGUUCAGGUACUUUCGAGAUUAACAUGUUUAAUCCAUCCUUUUCUGGGGAGUAUGGCUCUAAUUUGGGUUUGAUGGCUCCUGACUUAGCUCCAGUCGAGGCAGCAAUAGGAGGUGACGGCAAUGUGAUCGAUGAGGGAGUUCCUGCCGGUGCUGGUGAUCCGAUUCAGGAAGAGAAGGAAGAUUGA